AUGGCAACCGACAAUAAUUCUAGGCCUCCAGCUAAGAAGAGAAAAACCAAGUCAAAGGAUUCGAAUGCUUUGACCGUCGGAGGAAAAGUCAUUUCCUUAGAGGGUUACCUCACAGCGCCCCCCAAGCCUAAACAAGUCGAUGCAAAGGCAUCGGAAACAACAGGCAGCGAGACCCCAACAACAGUAACAGCUACCACCGUACCAGAGAAGAAGAAAGAGAAUUCGCAGCAAAGGCCAGCCAAAAAUCACAAGGACUACCAGGUCAAAAACCGUUACAAUGAAAAGGCACGAAGUCGAGAAGACCCGAAACUACUCAAAACUCGCAAACAGCUUCCCAUCUGGCAGUAUCGCGAGGACAUCCAGCAGGCGCUGCGAAACAACAGCGAUGUUCUUGUUCUAGUGGGCGAGACAGGUUCCGGUAAAAGUACACAAGUCCCUCAGUUUCUCUGCCAGGAGCCCUGGUGUAGGCGGCAAAGGAUCAAGCUCGCUGGAUCAGACGAAGAAAUUUCAGUUGGGGGCGCGGUUGCUAUUACACAGCCUCGACGAGUCGCCGCGACGACGCUGGCCCAUCGAGUUGCCCAGGAAGCCGGAACCCCCUUAGGAAAAGGCCGACCGGAUGGCUUGGUUGGUUAUUCAGUUCGAUUCGACCAUCAAGUGCCGAAGGGUUCGCGGAUCAAGUUCCUGACUGAGGGUAUGCUGCUCCAAGAACUGCUGCGAGACCCAAAUCUCAAAAAUUACAGCGCUAUUGUGGUUGACGAAAUCCACGAGCGGAGUCUCGACGUCGAUCUCCUGGUCGGUUUUCUAAAGCAGAUUCUCUCUAGCGAUCUGUCUGGUCGCGCCGGCAUUCCUCUCAAGGUCGUCAUCAUGAGUGCCACAGCAGACGUGGAGGGUAUCCAGGAGUUCUUCAAAGAUGUUCGCCCCAAGACGCAAGACGAGAAUUUGCUCCAAGUUCUCAAGAUCAAAGGAAGACAAUAUCCGGUGACGGUUCAUCAUGAGCCACGACCAGUAGCUGACCUUCAGGACGCGCUUCUCAAAACGAUAUACAAAAUCCAUCUGCAAGAGCAACUUCCUGGAGACAUCCUCGCUUUCCUGACAGGCCAAGAAGAAAUUGAGGUGGCGCAAAAAUUAAUCGAAGAAUACGCGGGAACACUGGCAUCGAACGUCCCCAAGAUCAAGGUCUUCCCGUUGUAUGGUCAAUUAUCGAUGGAUGCACAACGCGAAGCAUUCCUGCCUCUCAAGGCAUCGUUUACUCGAAAGAUCGUGUUGGCAACAAACAUUGCCGAGACAUCAGUCACUGUACCCGGAGUCAGAUACGUGGUGGACUGUGGAAAAGCCAAGGUGAAGCAAUACCGAACUCGUCUUGGUAUGGAAUCUCUCCUCGCCAAGCCUAUCUCAAAGUCGUCUGCUGUUCAACGAACUGGUCGAGCUGGCCGUGAAGGCCCAGGUAAAUGUUUCCGCCUGUACCCAGAAGCGGCUUUCAAGACACUACAAGAUUCCGAUCUUCCGGAAAUUCUUCGCAAUGAUGUCCUAGGGGCGGUAUUGACUAUGAAGGCGCGCGGGAUUCAAGAUGUUUUGGCGUUUCCUCUUAUGGAUCCACCAGAAACAGAAGCAAUUGAGAAGGCACUCAUUCACUUGCAUUUCCUUGGAGCUCUAAACGAUGAUGGCACCAUCACAAAGACUGGUGAAACGAUGGCCCGUUUCCCCAUAUCUGCGCCUCUGGGAGCUGUGCUGCUUGCUGCUGCUAAUCCUGAGUUUGACUGCGUGGUUGAAGCAAUCGACAUUAUUUCCUGCAUCACAUCUGGCGAAGACAUCUUUUUGAGUAUACAAUCUGAAGAGGCACAGGAAGAGGUUGAGACCUUUAGAAAGGAGCUUCAGCGCCGUGAGGGAGACAUCAUUACGUAUCUCACCACCAUUCAGCAGUACACGGCCGAAAACGCAGACAGAGUGAAUUGGUGUAAGCAACGGAAGAUCAACAUGCGAAACAUGAGACAGGCUUUGAACAUUCGAAGGCAGCUUCGCGGCAUGUGUCUCAAGGAGAAGCUUUUGGAUGAAGCUCCACCAGCUGAUCCCCAGCCGUUUGUACCCAUCUCACCUGAGCGCGCAGAGCAAGUCCUCAAGUGCUUCAUGCGAGGCUUCGCUCUGAAGACUGCAAUGCUGGCUCCCGAUAGUAGUUACGUCACUGUUCAAGGCAAGCACGUUGUGGCCAUUCACCCAGCUAGCGUGCUACACGGGCAAAAGAAAGAAGCCAUCAUGUUUCUCGAGCACGUUUAUACUAAUAAGAACUAUGCAAAAAAGGUCAGCGCCAUUCAAGCAGUAUGGAUUGCAGAGGCAUUGGAAGGAAAAUGA